UUGACUCCUCUUCUUCUUCCUCUUCUUUGCCCGCUGGAUGGGCUACUCUUCGUCUCGUGUUCAGAGGGAAAGGAGGAUUUUGCAACGUUUUUCAAGGGCUCAAACUUGUCCCUCCUUGAUAAACUGCGAGAACCUUGGAAAUUUGGUUUUGGGUCCUCGUUUUUUCUCAUAUGCUUGGCGUCUAAGAAAAGAAUUUCAUGCAAUCAGAGGCGUGGUGACUAAGUGUUUGGAGUAACAUGGCCACUGGAUUGACUGCUAAGAUUCGUUUGGUUAAGUGUCCUAGAUGUCGUCGGCUUCUUCCUGAGUUGCCUGAUAUUCCUGUUUACAAGUGUGGUGGAUGUGAUACAAUUCUAGUAGCAAAGAAUCGAAGGGACAGUUCCCACAACACAGAUUUGGGCUCACAAAACAGAGAUUCUGAAGUCAACCCCUCUGAAGAUAAGCAGCCUAGCACUCCGAACCAUAAAACGAUCAUUCCAACUCAUGGCGAAUCUAGUUUGGACUUAAACAAUGGAAGGGAUAUAAAUGAACCUGGAGAACGGAGAAGUGAGGAGCUCGUUCAUUCGAGUUUGAACGUGCAGCAAAGGAAUGCUGGAAAUGAUGAUGAACCUCAUCACGAGAAUGGCGAAAUCUCAGAUGGAGAUAAUGCAGAAGAAGCCAGCAUUUGUUCAUCAAGUCAUGAAAGAAUUAUUGCAUUCUCUGGUGAGUGCAUCGUAGAUCCAGAUGUCGAGGAGAACCAUGAUGAAUCUGGAGAUAGUAGCACCGGGCAACUCGUUCGUAGGAAGUUGGUUGAGCGCCUAAAUUAUGCUAGAAACGAUGAUGAAUCUCGUGCUGGUCAUGAAGGGCCAUCAGGAUUUCCAAAUCAAGUGUAUCGUGAAGAAGACUGCGCUUAUCAUGAGAAUGGUGAGCUCCCAUACCAAGAUGAUGCUCCAGAACAAGAGGAAUAUAGCAUUUCAAGUCCUGAAAUAACUAUCCCGUCCUCCGGUGAGUGUUCUAUAGACCCGACAGACGUGAAGGAUCAGAAAGAAUCUGGGGAUGUUAGUCAGGAACAGCUUGCUCAUAUAAAUUCGAGCGAAUGCCUAAAUAAUGAUGGAAGCAAUGAUGAAUCCCAGGCUUGCCAUGACGAGCAACCGAGCUGCUCUAAUGCUUCUCCUGGGAAUGCUGACCUCUCAGGACGAGAUCCUAUAAAAACAACAGAAACUAGCACGUUAAACCAUGAAGUUAUAACGAUCCCAUUCUCCGGUGAGUCUGUUUUGGAUCCAAGUGAUGAGAAAGAUCAAAAGGAUGACGAAGACAACCACAGGGAGCAUCCUGUUCAGAUAUCUUCGAGCAGAAACCGAACGAGUGCCACCAAUGAUGACCAAUCUGGAUCUUUGGUUCGAGUAUCUUUUGCGAAUGCGGUUGCUAAUCGUGAGAAAGACAAGCUCUCAAGUGGAGACCGUUCGGGAGAUGACAUAGUUGAUGAGAUCUUCCUGUCAGGAGAAGAAAAUCCAGACAAUUGGAAGGAGACUCGUUCCAAUUUAGAAAGCACAGGUAUUUCAAAUGCAGUCGCUACAAGUCCUAUUAUGGGGACAAGCAUUUCAUCUAAGAUUCUUGCUCCUCGUACUGCACGAGUAGAAGAACACGAAGAAACGAUUAGCCAUGAUACCGAUCAUCGAAUUCCUGUCGAUAAUUUUGCUUGUACGGAAGUGAAUCAUUGCGCUACUGGUAUGGUCAAAUCUUUGAAAACCAGAAGUUCUUUUGCAUAUGAUGGAAGUGUAUCUUCAUAUGAUGGAAUGGAUGAUCAGUUUUUGGAUCGUCAUAGACGUUCGUUAAAGAACAUUCAAGAAGCUUCCGACGGUCCCAGAAGAGAAGAGUCCUUGAUGAACAAUAACGCAGUGGCUAGAGAUUCCGAAAUUCCGAUUGAAACAAGGAGUUCCUGGAAAAGUUUGCCUCGUGAGAAGCAUUAUGGCAUAGAAUAUCAUGAAAGGAAUCAAAAUGAUAUGCUGCAACAUAGAAGACAGGACAUGCAAAACAGAAGCACGUUAAGGAGAGAAAAAUAUCAAAGUAAGUUGUCGUUACUCGGAAGGGACCGCGACGGUGGCUACGAGAACGACAGCGUUUCUAGUUCCAUGUUCGACGAACCCCAUGAUUCUAGAAUGCAUUCAUCAGACAAUUUUGUGGAGCAUGAUGAGGCCAAGGUUAGAUUGUUGAGAAUGGUUUACGAACUGCAGGAUGAAUUGGAGAAAACGUGUAAUCUAAACGGGAACGCAAGCGGAAGGGUACCGAUCGGAGCUACUCAGAAGGAUACAUGGCAUGACACAGAAUAUCCUUCGUACUCACGAAGAAGAGGGCCUCAAAGUAAUUAUCUCGAACGACAUUCUUUAUCUCGGAUGACUUCUGCUGUAAAGGCUGUUAGUGGUCCUCAGGUUAAUUACUAUGGCAUUGAACACAUCCCACACUCAAUGCAGCUGCUUCCAUCUGAACACUGGCAUAAUCAAGGGGCCCGUAUGGCGCAUAUCGAUCACGACUAUUAUAGUCAAUACAGCUCGUGUGCAUCUAGUCCCCAACGUUUUGUAAGCGCGCAGUUAUCUGCAAGGGGCAUUCGUAUGCAGUCUGAUCAUAUGAGCCAUCAAAAUCAUGUGGCCAAGCAUCAUCUACGGCCAGUGGCUGGAGGCGCCCCGUUUAUAACUUGUUACUACUGCUUGAAGUUACUGCAGAUUCCUGCAGAAUUUCUCUUGGUGAAAAGACGAUGCUAUCGGCUCAAGUGCGGUCAUUGCUCUAAGAUUCUUGAGUUUUCUCUUCAGAGCAGAACUCAUAUUGUUCCAUAUGUACCGAGUGUUGCAGAACCUCCACCAUCUGAGGUCGAUAAGCUCGAUGGCUAUGGGGUUGCUAUCAGCAAAAGUGGCUCGAGAGAAAUAAGCGAUUCUGUUGUCUUACCACGUUCGUCUCGCCAAGACAAAAUGGAGAAAGAGCUUAGUUCGAAGUGGUCUCAAAACAGAACUGAAAGUCUAAAGAAAAGUUACCAGUCUGGUGAUCCAUCCUCCCAUGGCUACAAGGCUGAGAAGUUGUCCUCCAAAGUUGGAAAUUUAUCAACCAAAUCAAAUUCCCCACUUCAUCGACUCAUGGGGUAUUCUUCACCAAGCCAAGUCUUUAGAGGGUUGAACGCAUCUAGAAGAAGCAUGCAGAGGAAAUAGCAAGGUGAUGUUUGUUCAUUCUUUUGAUGAUUUUAGAUCUCUGCUAACUUUGUGAAGCAUUACAAGCUCAACCGCGAUCUCAGCAAUGUUCAAGGAACACGUAAAAUAUAGACGGCUACCUUUUGCUUGCUUCAUAUGUACGUUAAUAAGGAAACGUGAAUCUGUUCUAUCAAUAUUAUGUAUAUUACAUUCUUAUGGAUAAGUUCUAAAAUGCUAGAGAGAUUUUCCA